AUCUACCCCUUUCUUGCCCUCUCUCUACCCCGCGGCGGACGUCUCCCUCUCUCGUCCUCAAAAUGCCGUUCAAGCGAUAUGUGGAGAUCGGCAGGGUUGCCCUCGUGAACUAUGGGAAGGAAUAUGGCCGGCUUGUCGUCAUUGUCGACGUUAUCGAUCAGAACAGAGCUUUGGUUGAUGCUCCUGACAUGGUACGUGGCCAAAUGAACUUCAAGAGACUCUCUCUUACUGACAUAAAGAUUGACAUACCACGAGUCCCCAAAAAGAAGACCCUUAUUGAUGCCAUGGAAGCGGCUGAUGUGAAGAACAAAUGGGAGAAAAGCUCAUGGGGCAGGAAGUUGAUUGUGCAGAAGAGGAGAGCUUCAUUGAAUGACUUUGACAGGUUCAAGGUCAUGUUGGCAAAGAUUAAGAGAGGAGGUGCUAUCAGGCAAGAGCUGGCCAAGCUUAAAAAGGAGAAUGCAGCUUGAGCUUCUCAUUGAAAGUUGAUGAAUUUUGUCAAAUUUAUUUCCUGUCAAGCAGUGGUGUCUGUCUUAAAUCAAAAAUCUCUGAUGUGACUUUAGAUUUUGCAUUUAGUACUGGAGGUCUUAAAAGGUUUUUGUGACACUGAUUGAGCUAUGGUUUUAAUGUUAUGUUUUUAUCAUCAUUUCUCCUGGAA